AUGUUUAAGAAGAGCCUCAUCGCUGUAUGUUUGCUUCUGUUGUUGCUGCCAGCAUCAAUGGCUUUAGAUCAACAGUUUGCUGAGGUGAAGACGUGGUGGGCAAAGCACGUCACUAAGGAUUUCUACAGUUCAGCUAGACUAACAUCCCGCCAGGUCAAGUACGCAUCUGAAGUGGGUUUCAACUCAAUUUUUGGCCUUGCUGUCUUCAAUGAAGUUGAUUAUAUUGGAGAAGAAGAACUCCCCACAACGAAUGUUAUCAAACAAAUUGCAGAUGGUUUGGCUGAAAUUGAAUACGAGAUUCUACCGCAAGUGCUAGAUUGGCGUACACUUGAGAGUGUUGAGUAUUUCGUGAACAAGAUGGAGGAAAUGACUCAGCCAACUUUGGUGCACUGCGUAACGGCUUACAGUGCUACUGCAACGGUUUUACUUGGAUUGUUGUACAAGACACAGCAAGACCCGAAUUUUGAACCAAAGCUCUAUUCUGAUGGAUUUUAUCACAUAGGCCGUGCUCAUGGAUUUGAUUAUGACAUGGACCAAGAUCUGAUGGAAUUGGUAUCCCUGAUCACUGGUGAACCAGAAGUAGACUUACGCACGGAACCAACCAACGAAUUAAUUGACUGGAGAAGCUAUUGGUAUGCAAAGUAUGUUUCCACUGAUUGGUGGGCAGCUGGUCAAAUCAACGACUUGCAUUUUUCUGCAGUUAUUGAUGGUGGAUAUCAAGCAAUAGUUAAUGCCAGGAAAGGACUUACAACAUACAAUAAUCCAUCACAGGAAGAGGUGACACUGCUAAACAUAAUGGACAACACAGGUACUUAUACUAAUGGUGGUCGUCAGUCUGAGGAAAGACUUCUUGAAACUCGUCUUGAUCCCAACAAGCCAAAUGAAUACAUCUCUUUCACAUCCGACAAAAACUACGAAGAUCAACAUCCUGAUGAAUAUGGUGAUCAUAUUGGUUACAAUGAACAAUUCGAAAUGCAAGCAUGGAAUGGAAGUCAUGGAAUAGUCGUUCCAUACUUUCAUAUACCCACAGAUGACGUCACCGCUGAAAUUUUCUAUCAAUAUGAGGACAUGUUAAUGGAAGCCUCCACACAUGGAUCUGUUAUUGUACAUUGUAGAAGUGGAUACAGAGCUACUGCAUGGGCCUUACUUGCUGAAGGUUACUCCACCUGCAAAAACAGUACCUGGGCCCUGCAACAAGCAUCAUACAUGGGAUAUCGCUUUACAGAGGAUGAUUCCGAAUACCAGGCGUUGAUUGACGUGCUUGAUUCCACUAACCCCAAUUGCAUGUCUGCAGUUCUCAAUAACGCCCCAUAUACAAGUACCUGGUUGUCUACAAUUUCUUGUUUACUUGUCAUCGCUCUUCUGAACUUUGGCUUGUGA